AGGAGGGGGGGCAGUGCGGAUUCCUUCCCGUCAUUCCCUGCAGCAGCAGCAGCAGCAGCAGCAGCUCCUCCGUCGGACUCCUCUCGUCCUCGGCUGAAGUUUGCAGACUCGCUGAGAUCUUCUGAGCAGGGCUCGGCCUGAAGCUGCCAAUGUGGAUGCGUCAUCGCUGACUUCGAGGCGUGUGUCAGAGGUGAAAGGUCACGAUGACGAAGGUGGCCGCCGAUUUCGACCACAUGGAGCUGCAGCAGCAGUACAGCAGCAACGACACGGUGAACAACCGCUGGGACGAAGAAUGGGACAACGAGAACAGCUCGGCCCGUCUCUUCGAACGCUCCCGCAUCAAGGCGCUGGCAGAUGAGCGGGAGGCGGUCCAGAAGAAGACCUUCACCAAGUGGGUGAACUCUCACCUGUCCAGAGUCUCCUGUAGGAUCACAGACCUCUACAUGGACCUGAGGGACGGACGCAUGCUCAUCAAGCUGCUGGAGGUGCUGUCAGGGGAGAAGCUGCCGAAGCCCACCAAAGGCCGGAUGCGUAUCCACUGCCUGGAGAAUGUGGACAAAGCUCUGCAGUUCCUGAAGGAGCAGAGGGUUCACCUGGAGAACAUGGGAUGUCACGACAUUGUGGACGGGAACCACCGCCUGACGCUGGGCCUCAUCUGGACUAUCAUCCUGCGCUUCCAGAUCCAGGACAUCAGGGUGGAGACUGAAGACAACAAAGAGAAGAGAUCAGCUAAAGACGCUCUGCUGCUCUGGUGUCAGAUGAAGACGGCCGGAUAUUCCAACGUGAACAUCCGCAACUUCAGCACCAGCUGGAGAGACGGCAUGGCCUUCAAUGCUCUGAUCCACAAACACAGACCCGAUCUGAUUGAUUUUGACAAACUGAAGAAGUCCAACGCUCACCACAACCUGCAGAACGCCUUCAACCUGGCGGAGCAACACCUCGGCCUCACCAAGCUGCUGGAUCCAGAGGAUAUCAGCGUUGACCAUCCUGAUGAGAAGUCCGUCAUCACCUACGUGGUGACGUAUUACCACUACUUCUCCAAGAUGAAAGCUCUGAAGGUGGAGGGCAAACGCAUCGGAAAGGUGUUGGAUAACGCCAUCGAGACGGAGAAGAUGAUCGAGAAGUACGAGUCUCUGGCCUCAGACCUGCUGGAGUGGAUCGAACAGACCAUCAUCAUCCUCAACAACAGGAAGUUCGCCAACUCUCUGGUCGGAGUCCAGCAGCAGCUUCAAGCCUUCAACACCUACCGAACAGUGGAGAAACCCCGAAGUCAGAACCUUCGGUUCACAGAGAAGGGAAACCUGGAGGUUCUUCUGUUCACCAUCCAGAGUAAGAUGAGAGCCAACAACCAGAAGGUCUACAUGCCCCGAGAGGGAAAGCUCAUCUCGGAUAUCAACAAGGCCUGGGAGCGACUGGAGAAGGCAGAGCAUGAGAGGGAGCUGGCUCUGAGGAUGGAGCUGAUUCGUCAGGAGAAACUGGAACAACUCGCCAGACGCUUCGACCGCAAGGCGGCCAUGAGAGAGACCUGGCUCAGUGAGAACCAGAGGCUGGUGUCGCAGGACAACUUUGGGUUUGACCUUCAGGCCGUCGAGGCGGCCACCAAGAAGCACGAGGCAAUAGAGACGGACAUCGCAGCGUACGAGGAGCGUGUCUCGGGUGUCUCUGUGGCCAAGGAGCUGGAGGUGGAGCACUACCACGACAUCAAACGCAUCACGGCCAGGAAGGACAACGUGAUCCGGCUGUGGGAGUACCUGCUGGAGCUGCUGAAGGCCCGCAGACAGAGACUGGAGAUGAACCUGGGCCUGCAGAGAGUCUUCCAGGAGAUGCUCUACAUCAUGGACUGGAUGGACGAGAUGAAGAUGUUGCUGCUGUCUCAGGAUUAUGGGAAACAUCUAUUGGGUGUGGAGGACCUGCUUCAGAAACACGCCCUGGUGGAGGCUGACAUCUCUAUCCAGGCUGACCGGGUGAAGGCAGUCAGCACCAACGCUACCAAGUACUCCGUCAACGAUGACGGCUACAAGCCCUGCGACCCUCAGGUCAUCCAGGACCGGGUCUCUCACCUGGAGUUCUGCUACCAGGAGCUGACCCAGCUGGCCGCUGAGCGCCGCGCCCGCCUGGAGGAGUCCCGCCGUCUUUGGAAGUUCUUCUGGGAGAUGGCUGAAGAGGAAGGCUGGAUCCGUGAGAAGGAGCAGAUCCUGUCCUCUGUCGAGCACGGCAAGGACCUGACGGGGGUGCUUCGCCUCCUCAGCCAGCACCGCGCCCUAGAGGAUGAGAUGAGCGGCCGCGCUGGCCACCUUAAGCACACCAUUGCAGAGGGCCAGGCUAUGGUGCAGACCGACCACUUCGCCACCACCAAGAUCCAGCAGCGUAUCAACGACCUUCAGGCUCAGUGGGCGGCGCUGGAGCAGCUGGCAGCGGUGAGAAGGAAGAGGCUGGAGGAGGCUCUGGCACUACACCAGUUCCAGGCCGAUGCAGAUGAUGUUGACGCCUGGACGCUGGAUGCCCUGCGAAUCGUCUCCAGCGGAGAGACGGGCCAUGAUGAAUUCUCCACCCAGGCUCUCUUCAGGAAGCACAAGGAUGCAGCAGCGGAGGUGGCCAGCUACAGACCGGUCAUUGACUCACUCCACGAGCAGGCUGCCUUACUGCCUCAAGAGGAGGCCGAGUCAGAGGAGGUGCAUGGACGUCUGGCCGGCAUCGAGGAACGCCACAAGGAGGUGACAGAGCUGACAAAGCUGAGGAAGCAGGCGCUGCACGAUGCUCUGGCACUCUACAAGAUGUUCAGCGAGGCCAACGCCUGUGAGGUUUGGAUCGACGAGAAGGAGCAGUGGCUAAACAGCAUGGAGAUCCCAGAGAAACUGGAGGACCUUGAAGUCGUACAGCACAGGUUUGAGAGUCUGGAGCCGGAGAUGAACAACCAGGCAUCUCGUGUUGCUGUGGUAAACCAGAUCGCCCGGCAGCUGAUGCACAAUGGUCACCCGAGUGAAAAGAACAUCAAAACCCAGCAGGACAAACUCAACAACAGGUGGAGCCAGUUCCGAGAUCUGUUGGACCAGAAGAAAGAGUCCCUGAACUCGGCGCUGGGUGUGCAGAACUACCACCUCGACUGCAACGAGACAAAGUCCUGGAUCAAAGAGAAGACCAAAGUCAUCGAGUCCACCCAGGAGCUGGGCAAUGACCUCACUGGGGUCAUGGCUCUGCAGCGCAAACUGACCGGUAUGGAGCGUGACCUGGCUGCCAUCGAGGACAAACUGGGCGAUCUGCGAGGCGAGGCCCAGCGGCUGGCAGAGGAGCACCCCGACCAGGCAAAGGCCAUCACAGGCCGCCUGGCUGAGAUCACCGCCGUCUGGGAAGAAAUGAAGAACACUCUGAAGAACCGCGAGGAGUCGCUGGGCGAGGCCAGGAAGCUACAGCAGUUCUUGCGCGAGCUGGAUGACUUCCAGUCGUGGCUGUCUCGCACUCAGACAGCCAUUGCCUCCGAGGACAUGCCCAACACUCUGGCUGAGGCCGAGAAGCUCAUGGCCCAGCACGAAGGCAUAAAGAACGAGAUCCAGAACUACGAAGAGGACUACCAGAAGAUGCGGGACAUGGGGGAAAUGGUGACACAGGGCCAGACGGACGCGCAGUACAUGUUCCUUCGACAGAGGCUACAGGCACUCGACACCGGCUGGAACGAACUGCACAAGAUGUGGGAGAACCGACAGAACCUGCUGUCCCAGUCUCAUACCUACCAGCUGUUCCUCAGGGACACCAAGCAGGCUGAGGCCUUCCUCAACAACCAGGAGUACGUCCUCGCUCACACUGAGAUGCCCACCACUCUCCAGGGAGCAGAGGCCGGAAUCAAGAAGCAGGAGGACUUCAUGACCACCAUGGACGCCAACGAAGACAAGAUCAAUGGCGUGGUGGAGGCCGGCAGGCGGCUGGCCAGCAACGGAAACAUCAACGCCGAGCGCAUCCAGGAGAGAGUGGCCUCCAUCGACGACAGACACAAGAAGAACCGGGAGGCUGCGGUGGAGCUGCUGAUGAGACUGAAGGACAACAGAGAUCUGCAGAAGUUCCUGCAGGACUGCCAGGAGCUGUCUCUGUGGAUCAGUGAGAAGAUGCUCACGGCCCAGGACAUGACCUACGACGAGGCCAGGAACUUGCACAGCAAGUGGCUGAAGCAUCAGGCCUUCAUGGCCGAGCUGCAGGCCAACAAAGAGUGGCUGGACAAGAUCCAGAAGGACGGGAUGCUGCUGGUGUCGGAGAAGCCGGAGACGGAGACGGUGGUGAAGGAGAAGAUGGCGGUGCUGCACGCCAUGUGGGAGGAGCUAGAGUCGACCACGCAGACGAAGGCUCAGUGUCUGUUCGACGCCAACAAGGCCGAGCUGUUUACGCAGAGCUGCGCCGACCUCGACAAGUGGAUGGGGGGCCUGGAGGGUCAGAUCCAGUCCGAGGACCAUGGCAAAGACCUGACCUCCGUCAACAUCCUGCUGAAGAAACAGCAGAUGCUGGAGAAGCAGGUGGAGGUGCGGCAGAAGGAGGUGGUGGAGCUGCAGACCCAGGUGAAGGCUCUGGGGCAGGAGGUGACGGACACGGAGGAGGUGGACGGGCGGAGGCAGCUGGUGGAGAUGAAGUAGGAGCUGCUGGAGCCGCUUCGCCGGCGCAAGAACUUCCUGGUGGAGUCGAGAGAAGUUCACCAGUUCAACCGAGACGUGGAGGACGAGAUCCUGUGGGUUCAGGAGAGGAUGGCCAUCGCCACGUCCUCUGACCAUGGACACAACCUGCAGACGGUCCAGCUACUCAUCAAGAAGAACCAGACCCUGCAGAAGGAGGUCCAGGGCCACCAGCCCCGUAUAGAUGACAUCCUGCAGCGCAGUCAGAGCCUCCUGAAGGAGGAGAUCCGGCAGCGCCUGCUGGACCUGCAGCAGCUGUGGAGGCGGCUGAUGGAGGAGGCGGAGCUUCGGCACAGCCGGCUGGAGGAGGCGCAUAAAGCCCAGCAGUACUACUUCGACGCCGCCGAGGCCGAGGCCUGGAUGAGCGAGCAGGAGCUGUACAUGAUGUCAGAGGAGAAGGCCAAGGACGAGCUGAGCGCCGUCACCAUGCAGAAGAAGCACCAGAUCGUGGAGCAGUCGGUGGAGGACUACGCCGAGACCGUCCACCAGCUGUCCAAGACCAGCAGAGGACUGGUGGCAGACGGGCACCCUGAGAGUGAGAGAAUCAGCAUGCGUCAAUCUCAGGUGGAUAAAUUGUACGCUGGCCUGAAGGACCUAUCAGAGGAGAGGCGGGGCAAACUGGACGAGAGGCUCCGCCUCUUCCAGCUGAACCGGGAGGUGGACGACCUCGAGCAGUGGAUUGCAGAGCGGGAGGUGGUGGCCGGGUCGCAUGAGCUGGGCCAGGACUACGAGCACGUGACUAUGUUGCAGGAGCGUUUCCGUGAGUUUGCUCGGGACACUGGAAACAUCGGUCAAGAGCGCGUGGACGCCGUCAACCGUCUGGCGGACGAGCUGAUCAACGCCGGCCACGGCGACGCGGCCACGGUGGCGGAGUGGAAGGACGGGCUGAACGAGGCCUGGGCCGACCUGCUGGAGCUCAUCGACACCCGGACGCAGAUCCUCGCCGCCUCCUUCGAGCUCCACAAGUUCUACCAGGACGCCAAGGAGAUCCUGGGCCGCAUCCUGGACAAACAAAAGAAGCUGCCGGAGGACGUCGGCCGCGACCAGAACACGGUGGAGACGCUCCAGAGGAUGCACACCACCUUCGAACACGACAUCCAAGCCCUGGGGACGCAGGUGAGGCAGCUGCAGGAGGACGCGGUGCGCCUCCAGUCGGCGUAUGCCGGAGACAAAGCCGACGACAUCCAGCGGAGGGAGAGCGAGGUGCUCGAGGCCUGGAGGGGUCUGCUGGAGGCCUGCGACGGACGGAGGCUCCGCCUCCUCGACACCGGAGACAAGUUCAGGUUCUUCAGCAUGGUCCGAGACCUCAUGCUGUGGAUGGACGACGUGAUCCGGCUCAUCGAGGCCCAGGAGAAUCCCAGAGACGUGUCGUCGGUGGAGCUGCUGAUGAACAACCACCAGGGGAUCAAGGCCGAGAUCGACGCCCGCAACGACAGCUUCACGGCCUGCAUCGAGCUGGGCAAGAGCCUGCUGGCCAGGAAGCACUACGCUUCAGAGGAGAUCAAAGAGAAGCUGCUGCAGCUGACGGACAAGAGGAAAGAGAUGAUUGACAAGUGGGAGGACCGAUGGGAGUGGCUACGACUCAUCCUGGAGGUGCACCAGUUCUCCAGGGAUGCCGGGGUGGCGGAGGCGUGGCUUCUGGGCCAGGAGCCCUACCUGUCUGGGAGGGAGGUGGGUCAGAGCGUGGACGAGGUGGAGAAGCUCAUCAAACGCCACGAGGCCUUCGAGAAGUCCGCCGCCACCUGGGAGGAGCGCUUCUCUGCCCUGGAGAGGCUGACCACGCUGGAGCUGCUGGAGGUGAGGAGGCUGCAGGAGGAAGAGGAGAGGAUGAGGAGGCCCCCGACUCCAGAGCCGGUUAUCGUUCAGCAGGAGGAGGAAGCCCAGCAGCAGAGUGGACUCGUGGCUCAGAACGGACCCCCAUGGGACCAGGACUCUCCUCGGGACGGCGUGGACGGCGGUGAUCCGGUGAACGGUGUCGGCGAGCGGAGCUCCAAGGAGCCGAGCCCCGGCGCCUCCCCGACCUCUGGCAGGAAGAGUAAGACCAGCCAGUCGUCCACGCUGCCCUCCAAGAACCAGGACUCGGGCUCCUCCUCACAGCUGGAGGGCCUCCUGCACCGCAAACACGAGUGGGAGGCCCCAAACAAGAAGGCCUCCAACAGGUCGUGGCACAACGUGUAUUGCGUCAUCAACAACCAGGAGGUGGGUUUCUACAAAGACAGCAAGGCGGCGGCUCAGGGGGUCCAGUACCACAACCAGGUCCCCGUGAGCCUGAGGGACGCCGCCUGUGACGUGGCGUCGGACUACAAGAAGAAGAAGCACGUCUUCAAACUCCGAGUCACGGAUGGAAACGAGUUUCUGUUUCAAGCCAAAGAUGAAGACGAGAUGAGCACCUGGAUCCAGGCCAUCCUGAACGCCAGCGCCGACCGCUCCGAGGUGCAGGGCAGCAGCCCCGGCACGCCGGUGUCCGGGCGCGCUCAGACGCUGCCGGCCGCCGUCACGCUCGUCACCGAGUCGAGUCCCGGCAAGAGAGAGAAGGACAAAGAGAAGGACAAGGAGAAACGCUUCAGUCUGUUCAGCAAGAAGAAACAGUAGAGAUCAAAACCGCUUCAGUGGAAUCCCGACGCACGCUCUUUACCGCCAGCCGGGAACCCAGAGAACCGGAACCGGCUUCAGAGCGUGAGUCCAGAUUCCCGCUGCCGUCGGCUUUGUGAAGGUUUUCUCCGAAAGGAACCAUAAAGAACAAGCGAACGCCUCGCUCGGAGAAGACCUUCGUUAGGCGUGACUCGGUACUUUGCCCCCCGACGCUCCCACGUUAAAGUUUAGUCGUCUGACGGUCACAAUUACUGUGAACACAGGAAACCCGUUUAUCCACAAGUGUUUUGAUUUGGUGUGAAAAGUCUCCAAUCUCGCGAUGAUGUCACCGCUGAUGUCACGCUGAUGUCACUGCUGAUGUCACGCUGAUGUCACCGCUGAUGUCACGCUGAUGUCACUGCUGAUGUCACACUGAUGUCACACUGAUGUCAUUGCUGAUGUCACUGCUGAUGUCACUGCUGAUGUCACUGCUGAUGUCACACUGAUGUCACUGCUGAUGUCACUACUGAUAUCACUGCUGAUGUCACACUGAUGUCACUGCUGAUGUCACACUGAUGUCACUGCUGAUGUCACUGCUGAUGUCACACUGAUGUCACUGCUGAUGUCACUACUGAUAUCACUGCUGAUGUCACACUGAUGUCACUGCUGAUGUCACUGCUGAUGUCACACUGAUGUCACUGCUGAUGUCACUACUGAUAUCACUGCUGAUGUCACACUGAUGUCAUUGCUGAUGUCACUGCUGAUGUCACUGCUGAUGUCACUGCUGAUGUCACACUGAUGUCACUGCUGAUGUCACUACUGAUAUCACUGCUGAUGUCACACUGAUGUCAUUGCUGAUGUCACUGCUGAUGUCACUGCUGAUAUCACUGCUGAUGUCACACUGAUGUCACUGCUGAUGUCACUGCUGAUGUCUUGAUGAUGUCACUGCUGAUGUCACUGCUGAUGUCACUGCUGAUGUCACUGCUGAUGUCACAGCUGAUGUCACUGCUGAUGUCACGCUGAUGUCACGAUGAUGUCACGCUGAUGUCACACUGAUGUCACUACUGAUAUCACUGCUGAUGUCACACUGAUGUCACUGCUGAUGUCACUGCUGAUGUCAUGAUGAUGUCAUUGCUGAUGUCACGCUGAUGUCACGCUGAUGUCACUGCUGAUGUCACUGCUGAUGUCACGCUGAUGUCACUGCUGAUGUCACGCUGAUGUCAUGAUGAUGUCACUGCUGAUGUCACUGCUGAUGUCAUGAUGAUGUCACUGCUGAUGUCACGCUGAUGUCACUGCUGAUGUCACUGCUGAUGUCACGCUGAUGUCACUGCUGAUGUCUUGAUGAUGUCACUGCUGAGCAGCCAAUGACGGAGGUGUACAGCUGCAGCGGAGAACAGUCAAAGUUUCACCAAAGUGUGCCGUCGGGUCGUCUUUGUUUUUUCUUCCGUCUGUGUUUUUAUAUCCCGGUGUGAUUCUGUUCCGUGGGUUCAGACGUUGGGGCGUACCAGCGGUUUCUAUGUACAUGUCGUGUAACCGCUCGGGGUCAAGCGUUAUUAUUAUUUUAGUUGUGACGUCGGUCCACGACAAACAGAUGGUUCAUUAGACAGAAAGCUUUUGGAUGGUUCGCCCAUUUGCCGAUAAUUACCGCCGUUUCUUUACGACAUCUAAACUUUAGUGACGUCAACAGCAACCACACACUUCCUUUGUUUGAUUUAUAUUGUUGUUAUUUUUGUACUUUUUUGAGAUUUUUGACACGUUAUGUCUUCAGUUUUCAGAGGACGUCUUCGGCCUUCCUUCUCCCUCUGCCGUUGAGAAAUUGGACCAAUAGUGCAUUUAGUUUUUAUGGUUUCCACUCAGUGAUUUUCUUUUGGUCUUAAAAUCAUCCGAUCAUCUCGGAGGAGCUCGAUGUACAAACGUCCACCUGCAUGCUUUGUCAGAACCACUCACCUGAAGCUGAAGCCUCAUUCCUACCUGGUUCUGACGUGUUUCCGAUGAAGACCGCUUAACGCUCGGUGAGGUUCGGUCGGGGGAGAAGAAGCUUGCUCGCUUAUCGUUGGCUCUUUGAUACUCGUGUUGCUCUCCGUCUCUGCGUAUCUAUCGUACCCACAUGUAUGGAAGUCAAUGCCAUCUUACUGCACAAUCAGAACUACAUCUAUAGGAAUGAAGAAGCUGAAUAUUUAAACUGACGUUAGGCCGUAAAGGCUUUCCUCAUGUAUGAAACUGCACCUGUAGACUUUAAAGCUCUCUCUGUCAAAUAUGUGCAAUGUCAUUAAAGCUUUUAAACUUUA